GGAACAGCCUCCGGAAGGUGCAUUCGCCACUGCACAACUAAAAAACUGCACAAUGUGCCCCAGACACUACAAGCCGGUAUGCGCUUCCAACGGCCACUGGUACCACAAUCCCUGCUUCAUGGCUUGCGAGGUCGGCGACAACAGCGACGUCAGCAUCUUAUACGAAGGCGCGUGCAGACCUGAACACAUGUAUGAAGCAACGACAACGACGACUGAACCACCAGAAGUAGCCUGUGCGAAUUCAUGCCGGGGUUAUUACGCACCGGUAUGCGCCGAUAACCAAAAAUGGUAUAAUAACGUGUGCUUAAUGGAAUGCGAUAAUGCUGAAGCUGCCCCUGAUAAUAACCAUUGCACCGUAACUAUGCCUCCAUUGGUAUUUCAAGAACAUUACAGAGCCAAUUGUACGAACUGUACGAAGGUGUAUGACCCCGUGUGUGUGAGCAACGGUAACUGGUAUUAUAACCCGUGUAUGAUGGACUGUAUUCUUGGCACCCCUGAUACCUACGAAAGUGUAGAAACAAUCCUUUAUCAUGGAAAGUGUAUUAACUUUUUGUAGCAGUUUCCGUUGGUGGAGGAUAUUUUGUAUAGCGGUCUA